AUGGGAUUGAGAAGGGGCACGAGCACGGCGGUGACGACCGGGUCGACCACGGGCCAACAGUCCACCAACACUGCCAUGAGCUGGAGACAACGGAGAAAGGCAAAGAGCAGAGCGAGGAAGACAGCGAAGAAGACAGCGAAGAUGAAGAAGAAAGCCAAGAAGGACAGGGAGACGAUGAGGUCGAGAAAAUCGAAACAAUCCUGGGGAGCAUGGGCGAUGAGGGAAGACCUGCCAAAGACUACGGAGGAGAUGUGGAAGGAUUGGUGUGACGAGAAGAGGCGUAAACAUGGGCUGAAGGCCCCAAAAGGGAUGACGAACUAUGAAGCGGCGGCAAAGUUCGGAUCUACGCUGAAGUGGUUGGGAGGUACCGCUGUUGAUUACUCAACUGCAGCCAUCGCGAAGCCCUUCGUUUGCGCCGCAGGCCUGUACAGCGCGGUGGCGGGAACUGGAGGAACGACUGGGGCGACCGUUGACCUCACCCAAGACAAUCUACGCCGACUCCGUUCGGAGUACUCUGGAGUAUCGGAUUGGGUUGACAGACUGCCCAGCGAGAGUGGGCGGGGGUCAUGGGGAAGUCAGGCGGGUAAACAUCGGGAUACUGAGGAUUCCUACUGGCUGACACGACGUCUGCCACAGACUGAAGAGGAGUGGGCAGAACCAGAGGAGGACUAUUUCUCCGGGUCCGACUCCGAAGACGAUGACGACAGCGACGACUCCGACCUCGAGGAAAUUGUCGACGACUAUGACGAGCGCGUGGUCUACAACGAAUACGGCGAGCCCGUCGUCUACGACGAAUACGGCGAGCCCGUGAUCAUCAUUUCACCCAGUAGAUCAUCAAGCAGGCAUUCUAGCCAUCCCGACGACCGAAUAUCCUACUCUCAAGAUACCAUCUAUGACGGCCCUAACGGAAAUUUCUACCCAUUGAGCCAUGCCGGGCUAUCUCGCCCACCUCUGAGUCAAAAGAUGCUCCCGCCUGCAAGCCAUGAUGAUCGGUCGUUUGACGAUCUCUUCGACUCCGCCAACAGAGGCCGAUCCACGCGUCGACCUGUACCUGUGACGACUUCUAAAAGACAGUCGCGCGAUGCGCGGGACAGUCCUAGUACAGACACCAGAGCGAGAUCCCGGUACUGA